CCUUCGGCUGUGUUCACAAAAUGGCUACUCCUGAAAAAGUCACACCAGAACGUGUCAAGAGACUUUUGUCAUCAUUUUUAGUCCCAGAGACUCUCGACUUUGAAUAUGAAAGAAACCCUGCGACUCCUGCAAAAAAUGAAUGUGACAAAGAAUCUCAUAACAAAAGUAAUGGACAACAGCAGACAUCUACAAACAAAGAAGAUGCGUCUCCGGCACAGAAAGGUCCACAUCCACGGAGCAGGGAAGCUUAUUUCCAAAGAGUCCACACCUUCACUACUUUUAAUUGGUUUGCUAAACCAGUAGAUUUAUCUCCCCUUGUGUGUGCACGGUAUGGUUGGCAGGUGAUCGAGACUGACAUGCUAGGAUGUGUGGGUUGUAAAGCCAAACUAAGUGGACAGCUCCCAAAAACAAGAGACCAACAAAUAUAUCCAGAUUGCUGCAAGAAACUAAAGCAUGGUCUGACUUGGUCACACAAGAAAUCCUGUUCGUGGUCAUCAAAUCCUAGUCCAGAAUCUUUUGCUGUGAUUCCACUCUACAACAUCAAGGAAAUAAGGCAAAACUUUGACACAAGGUUAAAGAUCUUACAAGCGUGCGACUCCCAGCUCCCUGUGGUGACCAACAGGUCAAUGGUGAAACAGGGAUUGGACGAGGAAAUUAUCGAGGACAUUGUGAACUAUUUUCUCAGUGAUCGUGAUCAGCCCGUUACAGAAAAUUCCAAAGCUGCGUUUUUACUUGCUCUCUGUGGCUGGAACCUAAGUGACAAAGGCAGCACCACCCUAGAAUGUAGCUUCUGUCAGCGAACCAUAGGCUUGUGGAACUACAAGUCCUCUGGUGGGACUCAAACAACCGAGAAUGAGCAAGAGCAGUCUGGAGAUGGUCCUGUAGCCAAAAAGUUUAAAGUUACAGAGAAGGACAACUUUGACCCUAUAGCAGAGCACAGGUACUGGUGCUCAUGGCUGGUGGAUCUGUCUGCCCCUAGAGAUGUAUCUACACCUUCCAAAGGUUCCCAAGGGAGCCAGUACAGCUCCCCAGUGUGUAGUCCCUCCACCCCAAACAGUAGCAGCUUUAAUAGCAGUUUUGGUGAGGGGUCCCCAGGGACCAGUCAACUGGACCUGACCACCAGGCCCUGGUUCUCUAUGCUAAAGCUGGUCUGUCCAGGCAAGGUGAUGGACACAGAGCCUACUAUGACUGACCGUUUCAAACAGAAUUCUCCAACUGCUGGUCUAAGACAGCUUCGGAGGCUGAUGAGGGGGUGGUCUUCUGCAUACAUAAAAUCACCGGACAAACCAUCGUGACACAAACUUAGGUCAGCAUGCUGUGCUCAAACAUCACAGUCAAAUCUACCUAAAUGAACUGGUAUACUGUUGGUGCACAGUUUGGAAUGGAUUUCUUUACACUGAAAUCAUAGACUGAAAUCUUUUUUUCUUCAUUAUAACACAAAAGUAACUUUAGAAAACGUCACUCUUUGUUGUUUCACUCGUUCAAAAUCAGUAGUAGAAAUAGUAAAAGUAUUGGGAAUUCCAUUAAUAAAUGAUAAUUUUGGAUCUGACUUUCCACACAUAAUGUUAUAAAACUGUUUGGUUAUACAUAUGUAGCUGUUGAAAGUGAAAUAGUGGGAGUGCUAGAAUAAAUUUUUUUGGUGAACAAACAGAGGUGAAGACAAAACGAUGGACAAAUGGUGUUGAGAACGUACAAGCUUUGUGCGUGUUGAUAACUGAUUGUACUGUGAGGAUGACUGGACGUGAGUGAGAUGUUCAAGGAGAAUUCUAAUGGAUGAUUAUACUGCUGGCAGCGACAGAUCAAAGGACUAGUGCCAUAAAGGUCAAGGUUAUGGUCAUAAAGGUCAAGGUUAUUGUCAUAGGUCAAGGUUAUUGCCAUAAAGGUCAAGGUUUAUUACCAUAAAGGUCAAGGAUUAUACUCUCAUUUCCAUAAUCACAUAAUUAUAUUCAUGUCAUAGAUAUGAGUAACCAUUUAAACCCCAUGAUCAAUACUCUGGUUAGUUUCAUGGAAUUUAAAAUUGGCCACAGUACCUGAUAAAAAACUAGAGUUGAUGAAAAAAUAUUGACCAAUAGUGGUGGCUGAAGACCCAGUUAUUCAAAUACAAAAUAAAGAGUCUGCAUUUAUCACUUUUCAGGUAAAUGUAUAUAUAUAUAUAUGUUAAAAAAUUAUUUGAAGGCUUCUAUUUUGUAUUUUAAAUCUGUUAAUCUAGUUGCAUUUCUUAUUCCUGACUCAUUCACCCCUGAAGACACAUUUGAACUCUUCCAAUUCAAAGGUUGGAAUACUUCAUUAUAAUAAUCAGGGAUGAAUGAGUUAAAUUCAGAUAAUAUCCAUGUCAUUUACAAAGAUAAAACGGAAAUAUUUAAAUAGUGUAUAUGUAAAUGUACAUGUCUUUUUCAUAUUAUGAUACCACACAAUUAGACUAUAUCUGUGUUGGUACAUUGUAUUGUGUUUUUUUUCUUUUUCAUCAACUCUGAACUGCAGCUAAACUAAGUAUUAUAUGAAACAAUCUCAUAUUUGUUAUUGAUGCUUUCAAAUGUUUCUUGUCACAAAAUAUCUUUAGUAUAGAAUUAAACACAAUGGGCUGUUUAAAUUUAAUAAAAGUAAAAUAUGUUAAUUUAGAAAUAUCCUGCUUAAUUGUAUUUGUUGUGAUCUCAUAAAUAAGUCUGUUUGAUAUUUUGCAAUCUUUUGUAUUGUUAUGAGCUUGUUAUGAGCGUAUUACAGUAGGGUUUUGUCAUAUUUAAUAUGAAAAUAUAUAGAUUGUAUGGUCAGACAGUCAACUAGGUUAUAAACAUGUUUUGACAAUUUACAAAUUCAAUUUUGAAGAAAAAAAGUUGAGUUUGAUUGUGUGUAUUAUCGUAAGGUGGUUAUUUUGAAUUCCAGGUCACUCGUGUUGUUUUCAGUUUUGAUAUAUGUGGAAAAGUUGAAAAUUUACUUUCAUGUUGAAGCUUAAGAUUGUUAGAAAAGGAGGCCAGAUUGGGUAACACAUUUUAUUCUCGUUUAGUUGAAGUGGUGUUGUAAUGCUGCUCCCUGAUGAUUGGUUUAUAUCAAUUUCACCAAGGUUACAGAAUGGACACACAUGCACUCAGCUUUUUUAAAUGUCUUAAGUCUAUAGAAAAGACCACUUGUUAUUAGAAAUAGAAGAUCUGCUGCUUUUGGUAAAUUGUCCACACUGGGUAGUUUUCACCAAAAUAACUCAAAACAAAACAAUCAAAAGAUAAUUCUAGUCCCCUGGAAACAAAUAUUUCAUAGAAUUUAAUCACUGUACAUGUUUUAAUCUUUUUUCUCUCUCUCACUCUCUCUCUAUUUGGAAGCUCAUAACUUUAGCAGAUUUGCUAAAAUGGACAAUUUUGUGGUAUCUGUUACCUGUGGAUUUCAGAUCUAGUAUCUGUAACGCCUUGCCAUGGUAACGAUGUUAUUUGCUAUUAAUUUUGUGGAAUGUAUUUUUCACAGAGGAAAUACUACCAUGAAAAAGUUUGAACCAAGCUAGAAACACCACCUUAGCAUAUUUAAAAGAAAAUUAUCAUUAUAUAUCUCGUAAAAGAAAUACUACAACUACAAAGAGUAUUAAAGCUUUGAUAAUCUAUUAUGAGGCUUUAAAAUAUGAUUUUUUACUACAACGUUUCAAAUUUCUGGUAUUUAUACAGAGCAGAAUUUUGAGAAAUGCAUUUAGAAAUACAGCAACAGAAAAAAAGAACUUGCAACAUAUGUAUUUCUAAAUUUCAAAAAUCUAUAAUGUUGGGUAGUAUUGGGUGUUAUUGGUGCAUUGUAAAAUUGUAAUGUUGAGCAUAUUUUGUUGUAGUUUUUCAGAUGGCAACUUGGUAUUAAGCAAUGUCUAUUUAAGAUUUUUGGAGGGUUCUUCGUGUUUUUGAAAAUUGUUUUAUAGUAAAAAUUAUUUGGUAGUACCAAUGCUUGUUGUCUUAUAACUAACAUGUGACUUUGUUCAAUGAUGUGCAAUUAAAUCUCUCUUCAACUCAAAUGUUUGGUUCUAUUAUUUUUAGACAGAGAAUUACUGUGGGGUGUGUGUAAUGAUCAUAACAGGUGUCUGAAUCAAGAGAAUGCUUUUUGGAGCUACAUUGUAUUUUGAUACCAAAAAGGGGAAAGAUGAACUGAGCAAAACAGUUUCAGUCACAUUUCACACAAUUUCCCCCUUAUUGGAAAUGUGGAAUGAGGAAGAUCUCCCUCAUUGGAGGUUUCAGAAGUUGACACCUAUGACAGUGUCACAAGUUACUCACAAGUUACUUGAUCAUGUUGAUUGAUGUUGGGCGAGAUGAAAGUCCUAGGGCUAUAGUUUGUCUGCAACCACUAGCAAACAAAUGAUCUUGACACAAUUUCAAGGUCACUGAGGUCAAAGGUGAUAAAACUUUUUUAAACAACCUUUCGGAAUAAUCCGUUGGUCGUGACCAGGUCAUUUUGACCAAUAUCAUGCUGGGGCGAUGAGUUAUCUAGAUCUUGGGUCACGUUUGUCUGUUGUGGGUCAUACUUCUGUAAGCAAUUUACAUUUUUGACCAUGUGGUUA